AAAAGAAAAAAGAAAAACUUGGUAAGCAAAUUUGGAUACGAAAUUAUAAUAUAUCGAAAUGUCCAUAAUCGAUAACAGAGAAAGUGUAGUUAUCGAUGGCGCUACACUAGCGACUCCUACACUCUACGUAAAGCACGUGUUAGACGAGCGUCCUAGUAAAUCCUAUUAAGAGGUUAUGGUCGGUGAAAAUAAAUACGUCGAUCGAAGAAAAUCCAAAGGAAUUGUAAUUCACGAUAAUUAUACGAUAUCAAGGUAUAAUCAAUUUAAAGAAACGCAAUGGAAGUGAUUAUAACUAGUGAUAAUGUCGCCGAAAAUUGGAGCGCAGCAGUUUGGGAUCCAAAUACAGGAUCUCUUUUGUCUACUUACAAGCAUGCAACGCCUAUACAAAAUCACACGUUACAAAUGUUAAAUGAUUGUUAUUUAUUGGGUGCGGAUUCAACGAAACCUCGACUUCAUAUAUGGCCAUUAAACAGUCAAAGGCCAUUGUCCAAUAUCAGAUUGACGACACCAGGCAAAGUAUCAGCAUUAACGUCAACACCGGAUGGUUCUUACAUCGUCGCUGGUAUUAGUGAAAAACUAUACGUUUGGCAGGUUUGUAAUGGGAGAUUAUUAUCGAUAAUAACGCGCCAUUAUCAAACUGUAACCUGUUUAACAUUUACCAAAGACAGUUCUAUGUUCGUGAGCGGUGGAGAGGAUGGUUUGAUAUUCGUUUGGUCUUUGUUUCGUGUAAUAAACGAGAAAGAACAAGCAACGGCCCUUUAUUCGUUUUCUAAUCAUACUUUGCCAGUGAAAGAUCUUUACGUUGGCCAUUGUGCACCACGUGCGAGGUUAUGUUCCGUUUCAUUGGAUCGUACGGCAAAUAUUUACGAUCUCAAUGACGGUAAACUCCUCGUCAUUCUCGUUUUCGAUUUACCAUUAACUUCAAUUUCUAUGAAUACGAAAGAGAGCGAAUUAUUUGUGGGUUGUACGAACGGUUUGAUCUUUAAAUUUGAUUUACACGAACCACCACGAGGUAUCGAACACCAUGUUAAAUCAACGGGAACAAACGAGGAAGACGAUGACAGCGCCGUUUAUCGUGGCCACGAGUCAACCAUUGUUUCUCUGUCGGUAUCUAGCAAUUGUCGUAAUCUACUUUCCGCUUCCAUAGAUAGAAAAGUACAUCUUUGGGACGUAAUCAGUCGACAGAUUCUCAGAACUUUCGGACACAAAGGACAAAUAACUUCGGCAUUCUUUGCCAAACGUUUCAAUAAUUUUCAGAUCCACGAUCUGAAGCCUAGUUUAAAAAUUCAACCCUUGCAAAGGGUCUUAGAUAAUAACGGUAAGGAGAACGUAAUUGAGAUCAUCAGGCAAGGACGAGACACUUCCGAUAUUUUAGAUUUUGAUUCUUACGUUGAGAAGGAAUCUCUUCGAACAGAAAUUAACGAUCAUACUUCUCGUAAACUUGAAACUGCGUUGGAGGAAAUUGAAAAACUUAAGAUGAUCAAUUCGACUUUAUAUAAAUACAGUGUUAAAUGUAUUUUACUUAAAUCGAUGAACAACGAUCAGAAGGAUUAAUAAGAAUUAUUUUUACAAAAAAAAAAA